UAAUACUCUAUGAUGUAUGCCUGUCGGAGUAUUUUUGAUCUGUAGUUAUGUAUUGUUUUUCUCUUUCACUAUAAUGCAAUAAUUACUUAGUGGAUAGUGUGCAAGAUCGCUAAUACAUUCCCUGAUAACUUAAGAAUGUAUUCGGGAAGCGAUUCUACGGAAUCUCAAAAGCAAUCCCACUGGUCCCUUAACCCCAACAUAUAUAAGACCAUGGCAAACGACCAAGUUGACUGGGCCGCAUUAGCCCAACAGUGGAUCAUUAUGAAAGAAGCGGGACCCCCACCGGUACCAGGUGAACAAAUGGAAGCCACUAACAAACCACCGAUCCUUGUAAAACCAAAUAGCGAGGAGAAAGGGGAAGCGCCUAUGGAUGUGGAAAAUGACAAGGAAGAUUUCUUAUCCUGGGGAUCCGGUGGCGAUCCGCCUCCUCCACCUGGAUCAGAAAACUGGAAUAACUGGCCUGUGAAUGGAAAUCCUAGUUGGACUGGUUGGAACAGCGCUUGGAGUAGUGAUACAGGACGUGGACGAAUUCCCGUCCCUCCCCCACCAGGGAUACCAGUAAAACCUUUGCUUCCAACUCCAAAUAGCUUAUACUCUUCUCCUCCAGAAGGUGGUAAUGACAAUGCCACCCCUUUUGGCAGUUAUAAUACAGUUCCACCAGUGAUACCACAGGUAACUGACUAUAACACAGGUUACUGGAGUUCAGGGGUGCAAAAAGAAAUAAAACCUCACAAUAAAAGAUAUAGUAAGGUCAAUGUACCUAUCAAAACACCCAUUCAUACACCUCCUGUUGCUAUGCCUGUUGUUCCUGAAAUACCAGCUGCACCUCCUCCUUUGGAUGCGUCAAAAAGAAAACAAUUGCCCGCAUGGAUAAGAGAGGGUUUAGAAAAAAUGGAGAAAGACAAACUGAAGCAGAUAGAGAAGGAUAGGGAGAAACUAGUGACAACUGAAAUGACUGAAGAAAUGGAAGCAGAUAAGAAAAAAAAAAUUGAAAUAAUUAAGAGCACAAUGAGGGAACAACAGCUGAAGAGUAAAUUUGACACUGACGAGGAUUCAGACCGGGAUGGGAUCAUAGAGAAAGCAUCUAGUCCACGACCCACAUUGACAUCACCGGAAGAAAUGAUGGUAAAAGUUAGAAAAACCAUGACUGAGAUUUUAUUGAAAGUGACAAAUCAACUCAUAGAACAGAUUUGUAGAGAGGAGCAGCUCCGUUAUUUAAAAAAGUCAAAAGCUACAGCUACAGCACCCAGUGGUGCCCUGAUUAGUGCCAAACUUGGUUUGGGUGCUUAUAAUGAUGACUCAUCUAGUGGUGAAGAAUCAGAAGCCGAAAAUGAUGAAAAAUCUGACUCAGAUUCUGUCCUUAAAGAAACCAUAAAGAAGAAGAUGAUGGAGUUCUCAAAAUCUGAGAAGGAGAUUGAGGAGAAACUGUCCAAAUCAGAGAAUCAGCAUAGGGGCAGCUUAAGCAGGUCCCCAAGCUCGGAAUCUGAAAAUGAAUCACAGGUAGACACUUCCAUUCAAGGUAGAAAGCAUGAUGGGGACGAAGAACUAUCAGACCGUCCCGCUUCCUCGAUGCACCGAUCGUCGUCCUCUUCGUCUGAAAGCUCAAAUUAUUUAACUAAUAAGUCUCGUAGAGCACGUAGAAGGUCCUCCUCAAGCGUAGAUUCGCGUAAGAGAAGUAAGAGGCGCAAAGAGAGGAGCCGGUCAGCUUCUCGGACACCAAAAAGGUCCAGCAGACGUUACUCGAAGUCUCCUUCGAAGCACAGAAGGUCCCGAUCGUGGUCGUCCCGGAGGGAUAGUACAGAGUCCCGAAAACGGAGACGAAGAUCCAGCUCCAGGCAUUCGCGUAGAUCGCGAAAAUCCCGAUCGCUGUCCCGCCGCAAAAGCUCGCGUUCCCGUAGAUCCCGAAGUGGUUCAAACAAAACGCGAAAGUAUUCGUCGCGCAAAUCUAGUCGGAGAUCGAGGUCUCGAUCGAGAACGCGCCGACGCAGGUCGAGGUCGUCGAGCGGUAAAGAAAGCGCCAGGGGUAAGAGGUCUCACAGGCAUUGAGCUUAUGGAAACGAAAAAAUUGAACGGACCUCUCAGGUUGUAUAUUUUGAUCAGUUCUUUACUUUCAAAGGUUGUUUUGCAUUGCAUUAUUUGAACUACCGAUAUUAUACGUUUAUUCCAAAGCCGCGGAAAUCACCGCGAUGUAUAGUAAUUUCUUUCUGGCUAAUUAAUUUGAAAUAGUUAUAGGACCUAACAUCUUAUAAUUCAAAACAAUCUUAAAAGAAAAUUGUACCGACACAAAUAUAUGCAUGGAAAAGCAACUUUUUUAUUGAUUGAGAAAAAUUCUUUUUUAAAGGUAGAUUUUUAUGAACUAGAUGUUUUGAAACAAUUUUAACACUAAGCUGUUGUUUCAUGGGUUGUUUAGGUGGGGCUAUAUUUGUUCAAACUACAAUUUUCUUUAAAAAGAAAUGUGUAAACAAAUGUAACGCAAUUUAAUAUGACUCAUCUUUCACAGAUGCAAAGGGAGUGAUGGCAGAUAUCUCAACCUUCAAUGGAAAAGUGUGUUACUUUUUGAAAUGCAUUUUCUUACUAGUUACAAACUUUAAUGUAAUAAUUUAUUUUCAGCUUUGAAUUAAUUCUUUAUUUUGUCUUCCCGGGUAGAAUAAUUAAAAAAAACUGUUCUCUUCUUAUUAUAAU